AUGUCGGCUUGUGUGACCGUCUUCGACUUCCUCCGCUCGUGCUCCGUGUGCAGGAAGACAGCUCGCAGCUGCGCUGGACCUGGGGACCCCAAAACAGUCGAACCUCAGGCCGCCAUGGAGCACGUGGCGGGCUACCUGCUGUGCUUGGACAUGACGGCCAGGGACACGCAGGAGGAGUGCAAGAAGAAGGGGCUGCCCUGGACCUUGGCCAAGGGCUUCGGAUCGUCGUGCCCGGUCAGCGACUUCGUGCCCAAGGAGGAGAUCCCCGACCCUCACAAGCUGAAGAUCUGGCUCAAGGUGAACGGGGAGCUGAGGCAGGAGGGGGAGACCUCCUCGAUGAUCUUCUCCAUCCCUUACCUGAUCAGCUACAUCAGCGAAAUAUUCACCCUGGAAGAAGGGGACUUGAUUCUGACGGGCUCUCCCAAAGGAGUUGGGUCUGUGCAGCCCGACGAUGUGAUAGAGGCCGGGAUAACCAACGUCCUCUCCAUGCGGUUCAAGGUGACGCAGCAAACGCGUGGCUCCUAA